AUGGGCGGCUCCGUUUUCAAACCAGAGGGCCUUUCCACUCCCCGUAUGCCUCCAAAAGUCUACAACUCAGUCCUCGCCCACACCGAGGAGCUCCUCAGGGCACACUUCAAGCUCGUCGGCCACGCGAUCGAAGCACCCGCCAAGAGCUCCCACGGAGAUAUCGAUAUCCUCGUCGCGGAGCCUUUCGAUCGAAAUGUGGCUGCUAGCCGUGAUAUAGGACAUUUCCUGGCUGAUCUGCUGAAGGCUGAAAAAUGGAAGAAGAUGCGCGGUACUUCAACGUAUCAUUUUGCGUUGGUAUGGCCAAAGGAGUUUGAAGAUCAACUGGUAAUCGAGCGCGAAACGAAGCUAGUGCCCAGCGGCGACGGAUCUGGCCAAGAAGAAACCGAUGAGCCGUUUUCUGAUCAAAAGGAGCAAAAUACGACUUCCAUGAAUGGGAACAUCAACCCCAACAGUUUCACCAUGGAUGCAGCUCGGAUCUCUUCUACCACGAUCGAUGGUUCCGCAUCCCCAUCCUUGCCCAUGCCGCUUAGCUCCACUCAGAAAUAUAUCCAAGUUGACAUCAGCCUCAUGCCUAAUCCGCACUACUUCCUGUGGCACACUUUCAUGCAAGCGCACGGAGACCUCUGGCAAAUGCUUGGAGGAGUCCUCCGCCGGUUUGGCAUUUCCCUUACCUCCAAAGGGCUGUUUUUGAAGAUUGCAGAAGUGGAAAUGCAUAACAAGGAGCAAUCGAAGGUUCUGAUGACCAAUGAUCCAGACACAGUCCUGGACUUUGUAGGGUUGGAUAGAGAAAGAUAUUGGCAGGCGUUUGGGAGUUGGGAGGAGAUGAUGGACUACGUGGCGAGUUGCAGGCUUCAUGACCCGGGCCGCUGGAAACACUGGACCAAACCUGAUGAGGAUGAAGGAGAAGCGGAAAUCAAAGAAGAAAUUGGUACAGGGGCCGGGUCUCUGAAAUCAAAUGACCGUCGUCGCGCCGCCAAACGACCGCUUUUCGCGUAUUGGAUUGAACAGUAUCUUCCUGCCAACGUCGAUAGGCCACCGGGCAAGUCAGCAUUCCUGACAAGAGAAGCCGUCGUCGAGGACGCAAAGGAGUAUUUUGGUGUCGGUUUUGCAACCAGUUUUGAAGAGAGAAAGAAGAAGAUGGUCCGUCAGAUCGGGGUGGACAAGUUGUGGGCCGAUAUCAGGAAGAGCCUGCCAAUAGAAGGUACAGAGAUCGGAUAUGUCAUGAAAGGGAUGAAGAGAGAGAUUGCGGGCCGCCGCGAAGAGCAACCUGCGCAGCUGGAAAGGCUUGAUGGGUCAGACGAAGUCAGAAUGGCAUUCGAAGCAGGAAGAUUUGACGACGUCCUGAAAUGGGCGACGCUCAAUUGGAACGAGAUUGGACAAAGACAGAAAAGGCUGGACCAAGAAAUUAGUCGAGUGCAUCUCUUGGAGAAGGUCAAUAGAGACGCGCAGCGAGGGAAGGGGAGGAGAAGCUAA